GUACCGUUGGCGACGUAGCUAACUGGAUGAACUGUAAACAGAGAAAUCAGUGUGGCAACUUAUCUUACAAAGAGGACAGCGCAAAGAUGCCACAGACACAUUGAGUGAAGUUGAAGGGUAUUUUGAAUGGACAUGGACGCCUUUCUGGAGACACUGAAGGAUCAAGACGGGAAUUCCAUCCUGUCUUCGUGUGAGCCGGAGCUCCAGGAGUUGCUGCUUCAGAUUGACCUGAUGCUGACGGCCAAGCGCUCGGAGUGGGACGCGGAGGUGCAGGCCAUGCAGGCCAAGCUGCAGAGCGGAGAGGCUGAGCUGAGCACCGCACGAGACCUGCUUGACCGCAGAAACUCAGAGAUGGUGAGGGUGAAGGAGGCAGUGGGCGUGGUGCUGGACCUGCAGGGCAGUGGCUUCAGGAUGAUAAAGAUGGUAGUGGACAAGGAGCUGGAGCAGAUCAGGCUGCUGAGUAAGCAGCUGGAAGAGAUGCAUGCUGGGAGACAGGAGCUGGUUAGCAAGUAUGAGGAGCAGCUGCAACAUGUACGAGAUGAGCUGGCCAAGCUAAAGCGUAGCUAUGAGAAGCUGCUUCGUAAGCACCAGAAGGAGGGGGCCAGGAGUCGAGAGGAGGACAAGAACGAGGUGUCACGGCUCAACGUGAAGAUCGAGGAGUUUCGUCAGCGGUCUGGUGAGUGGGAUCAGCAGCGUCUUCAGUACCAGAAGCAGGUGGCCUCACUCGAGGCCCAGAGGAAACACCUGGCAGAGCAGUUCACACACAUGCAGUCCCAAACCUCGGUGCGUCAGGCGGAGCAGUCGGAGGUGCAGCGUCUGCGUACUCAUCUGCAGAGGGCCCAGCACACACUGCAGACGCAGGAGCAGGAACUGGAGAGGCUGCGCAGGCUACGUAACGAGCUCGGAGACUCACUCAGGGAGAGACAGGUGCUGAGCGAGGAGAAGCAGGAGUUGAAAGCCACACUGGACACUCAGGACCAGGCCCUCCGCAGCUCAGGCUCCCAGCAGCAGCAGCUACGAGCAGAGCUCACCAGGCUCACACAGGCACUACACGCCAAGGAGCAGGUCGUACGGUCUCUGGAGUCGUGUCUGAGUGUGGGGGGUUCGUCAGCUGGCUUGUCGUCGGUGCGUCAGGAGUUGGAGAGGGUGACGGCCAGGCUACACAGCUCCCAGGCAUGCCAGAACCACCUCAAGACCGAACUCCAACACCUGAGGGAGAGUAUGGAGAGUGAACGUCGGUCCAGAGUGGAGCCCAGCAGGACGGAGGUGGAGUGGAGGCAGCUGGAGGAGGCUCACCGCAGAGCACAGACAGAGGCCAAGAAGCUGCGUGAGGAGCUCAGCAUUGCAGAGCAGACGCGGCGUGGCGAGGCCGAGGGCAUGAGGAAGGAGGUCUCUCAGCUGACCAACGAGCUUCACCAGAGGGACAUCUCCAUAGCGACGCUCACUGGCUCCGCUUCCGGCAUUGAGAAGCAACUGAGGGCCGAGGUGGAGAGGGCAGAGAGGCGCGCUGCCGAACUGAAGGUGACCCAGGUGCAGCUGGAGACGCUAAAACUGGAGAAUCAGCACCUGAACGAGCUGCUGGAGAGAGUGGAGCCGCGCUCUCCUAAGAAGGGGGAGACGUGCCUGGCAUCUCUGCGAGAUAGCUACGUGUCGUCCCUCAGCAGUCUAGAGAGUGAGAACCAGCAGCUGAGGCAGGAGCUGGCUGAGGUACGCGCUCGCCUGGAGACCAGCGAUCACACCUGGCCUCACAAAGCCACCCGCAGCCCUCCCAGGAGUGAGGAGGAGAGUCAGCAGCGUCGUCACCAGGAGGAGCUGCAGGCCAUGGAGGCGCGUCUGAGGGAGAACUCGCUCCGCUACGAGGAGGAGAUCCAGAGGCUGCACAGACAGGUGGAGGCCUUCUCCCUCACCUCCUCCUCGCAGACUACCCACAAUCCCCAGCGACACUCGCAGCCACAGCCUUCCCAUCAGCCGCUCCAGCAGCAUCAGCAGCCGUCCCCCUCCUCCUCCUCUCAGCCUCCAUCCUCCUCCUCACCAGCACCUCCCAACGGGCUCCACACUGACAGGCACACCCCCUCCCCUGCCCCCUCCGCCCGCUCCCUCUCCCCGGCUCCCUCAGUCCGCUCCGUCGCCUCCUCUUCCUCCGCCGGCUCCUCCUACUCUGCGAUGCGGGCCAAGCGAUUGCCUGGGGUUGCGAGCGGUCUGACCAAUGGGGAGGCGGCGCACGUCCCCGGUGUUGCAGAGGAGCUGCUGACGUCGGUGGCGGAGCGUGGUGCUGACUCGUCGGUGUGUUCGGUUGCGGAGCGCUUCCUUGAGGAGGAGGCCGUGCGUACCCAGGAGAUGCUGCAUCGUCUGGAUGCCCACAUCCACGGCAUGGUGCAGCGCACCACCCACACGGUACACAAGUACACUGGGGCUGGCAACGCCACAGCUACGGGUACUGCCACAUCCACAUCCACAGGCACAGAGGCCACCAAACGCACCCACAGUGGCCCAUGAAGACAUGUACUGUGUAUGCUGAGGAAAUGUGGAUGCUCUCACCCUCUCAAACACACACACACACACACACACACACACACACACACACACACACA